AUGCCAGAGAGUGACGAAAGCGAUUUAGUUUACGAAAUUGAUGAAAACGGUCAAAGUAUGUUGGUGCGGUCUUUAGAGUCGACACAGCGAGCUUAUCUCCGAUUUACGAAUAAGACAUCGCGUCCUGUCGAUAUCUGGUGGCGGGACUUCCGCGGGGUGAAGCGGCAUUAUGUGCGAUUGGAGGAAGGCACCUAUUUUGAUAUCAACUCGUUUAUUACUCAUCCGUGGGAGUUCACGGACGUGGCUACAAAAGAGCGCUAUGUCAUCAAUAAUAACCCAAUCUAUCGUCCUCCCAGAAACGUAGGCGGCAUGAUGUUCCGUACCAACUGGAACAUUACUAUUAGUGUUCGUAGUUUAAGGCGAACAGCAUUAUUGGCUUUAGCGUUGCAAUUAAAGGAUUCAAAUGCAGUUAAUAAUUUAGGUCUCCCAAGAGUGUUAGCUGAGGAGCUGCAGAAGCUUACAGUAGUGUUUCAUACUCCACGCCCUCCUCCUAAUAGAGAUUGA